CGCUGUUGCUGCCCUCUCCUAGCUUGCUUGUUUUGCCUUGCGUCACGCAUCGCAUCCGCCUGCCAACGACUUCCUCUGCACGUGCAGCUGCACUUCCAUUCACUCUCUCACGUCUACCAGGAGGCACUGCCUGCUCGCCGACUGCUGUCACUCGGUCGCGACACACCCCGGCGACUGUCGCCCUGCCGCCCUCGUGCCCGGAUCCUCGCGUCCUGCCUGACUGAUCGUCGCCUCAUCAACGCCUUUGCAUCAAAGUUCGACCACUCCGUACGACUGCGAUUGCCGUUGAUGAGCUGAACACCGUCGCGGCAGCUUGCCGUGGGCUCUUGUCAAAGCCUCGCUCUCAGCCACCGCCAGCAGCUUGCUCGGUCGUGCCAACGUCGCUCCUGAAUCGUCAGGAGUGGUCCUAUCAUCUUUCAUCUCCUGUGCGGUUGCGCCCACCUCGGAGCUUUCGUCCUUCAAUAUGGCUUUCACACAGGCGACGCCGUCGCAUGCCCUCCCGGGUGCUUUCCUGCACACGCCAGCAGUCGCGUCGCGCUUCAAUGCUGCCGCGCAACAGGACCCUGUCCGCCGCCGCCUCUUCCGCGAGCCAUCCAUUACCUCCAGUAAUCAGCUCACGCGACAAAGCAGCAUAUCAGGGAGGAGCGGCAGUGUCAGCCAAAGUGGCAACGAGGUCUUUGGCACACCAUCAGCCGAGACUCCCAACCCAAUGAACGCUGUGUCACAAAGCACGCUGCCCCAAUCGCCAACGGCGAAGGCGGCGCUUUACGUCAACAACGCGCUCGAGAGAGACAGGAGCUAUCCAGAGCUCGAUACGUACUGCCGGCAACACUCUUCCGAGUACGAGGUUGCAAGCACCGACUCUGCAUGGGCGCCGUUUCACAAAACCACAAUGUAUCCGAUACCCGAUGCGGUCUUCGCACAAUACAACAAUGCCCAGGUCUCAACCAUGAUGGGUCUCUUCGCCGAGCUCAAUCAUGCCUGGGUUGCCAUCGACAACAACCUCUAUCUUUGGGAUUACACGCACCCAAACCCUCAGCUCAUUGGGUAUGAGGAGAACCAGUACAGCAUCACAGCGGUCAAGCUCGUUCCUCCUAAACCUGGCGUCUUCCUGCCCAAGAUCAACUAUAUCCUCGUCGUGGCCACGACAGCCGACAUGUUCCUUUUGGGUGUCUCGGCAUCCAGCACGCCUAGUGGAGCGCAAUCCGUCGAGCUCUACGGCACACGUAUGACGCUUCCGCUUCGAGGCAUCGAGGCUUGCGAGAUAUCAGCCACUUCCGGCGGCCGAAUCUUCUUCACUGGACGAUUCGAUAGUGAUGUGCAUGAGCUGUUCUACCAGCAGGAAGAAAAGUGGUUUUCAAGUAGGACGAGCAAGAUCAACCACUCCUCACCUGGCUGGGCGGCUGUUGUGCCGAAUCCGUCGCAGAUGAUCUGGGGUAAAGCCACCAACGAGCGCAUUGUGUCGAUCGUUGUUGACAACUCGAGAAAUCUCCUAUAUACGCUCUCCAGUAUCUCCACGGUUAGGACAUACUUCAUCGAGGGACCAGACAAGCUCACCAAGGUGAUCGAGAAGACGAAAAACGACUUCCUGCGCGACAUUGCCCACGCCCUGAGUGUCGUCUCGCCAUUGCUGACAGAGCGCAUGAACAUCGUCUCCAUCAGUCCCAUCUCGGCAGUGGAGGAUGCCAAGGUGCAUCUGAUGGCCCUCACGGACAGCGGCUGUCGCCUGUUCAUGAGUGCCACAAGUGCGUCUUCGUACAUGAUGAGCUCUUCGACAUCUGCCCCUCAGAGCAUGCAAUUGCAGUCGAUCAAGUUCCCACCACCAGAGAACCCACAGCAGCGGUCAACAAGGACUGAUCCUUUUGGCUACAACGAGCCCGUAGAUGUGAGAUCACGAGCACUUGAAAUCAGCUCUAAGGGCAUCCGCUUCGCGCCUGGGUACUUCCUGGACUUUGUCGUUACUCCGCAGAAGCCCGGCGAGCACGCCGUGUUCGCCUCUGCUCCCGAUAGCGGACGCAUUAAGAACACAAGCCGGACUCAAGGAUUGCGUUACUAUGAGCAUGCCAACUGGAUCGAUGUGGGUAGCACUGUCGAGGAUGUCGGCUUGAUCUCGAAGCCCUUCGCCGCCUCAGGACGGCCACUCGGCUUCGGUAAUGAAUUGGCAGUGCAGUUUGACGAGCCACACAGCAGCGAGUUUGCCAUUCUCACCAACACUGGUGUGCAUGUCAUCCGCCGCAGGCGCCUGGUCGAGAUUUUCGCCACCGCCAUCCGCGCUGCAGCCGGCGAGGAAGGACUCAAAGCCGAGGUCAACAGGUUCCAAACAUCAUACGGUCGCGUCGAGACCAUCACGUCUGCCCUGGCGGUUGCGUGUCGCCAAGGGGGGUCCAACCGUGGCGCUGUCGACCAGGCGACCGUUGACCGAGCCAAGCAGGUCUUUACCGUCUUUGGAGGCAAUCCGACAUUGCCAGAGCAAGACGGACAAGUUGCCACUAUCGACAUGGUUCGCCCAUCUUCACGACACUCUGCCCUUAGCCUAUACCUGAGCCGCCUUGUCCGGUCUUUGUGGAACUCUAGAGUUAUUGCCAUCGGCGCCAAUGCGACUGGAGCCCUUGUCAUCGACAGUGCUGUCCCGAUCUCGAAGCUCAAGGCCACGCAGGAGAGCGUUGAAGGGCUCAGGAAGUUCCUGGACGACAACCGAGCGUUCAUCCAGGGCCUGUCUGGUCCAGCAGAUCUGCAAAGAGCUGCCAACAAGCAGGAAGAACUCGCUUUCCAGGGAGAGCACCAGGCCAUGCAUGCUCUGGAGGUGCUGAUGACUGGCAUCACCGAGGGCAUCUCCUUCGUGACUACUCUCUUCGAUGAGCGGGUGGUUGACAUCUUCACUCGCCUGGGUGAAGACGCCCAGCAACAGCUCAAGGACCUUACAUAUGAGCGCCUGUUCUCUCAGUCCUCCGGCAAAGACCUAGCCAAGGUGCUCGUUAAGGCUAUUGUCAACCGCAACAUUGAGAACGGAUCGAAUGUUGAGACUGUAGCUGAUGCGCUUCGCAGGAAGUGCGGAAGCUUCUGCAGCCCUGACGAUGUUGUCAUCUUCAAGGCACAGGAGCAGCUCAAGCGGGCUUCGGAACCUACUAUCAACCCAAACACUUCCCGCACAUUGCUUCACGAGAGUCUAAAGCUCUUCCAAAAGGUUGCAUCUAGUCUGACGCAAGCUAAUCUCGAGUCUGCCGUGUCACAAUACAUCAACCUGCGAUACUAUGCCGGCGCGAUCCAGCUUUGCUUGACUGUCGCCAACGAGAAGGACCGGGGCAACACAGCCUUGUCAUGGGUCAACGAUGGCAAGCCCUCCAACGACAGCCGGGCGAAAGCAUUCGACGACCGCAAGUCCUGCUACAACCUCAUUCAUCACGUUCUCCAAGACUUGGACGUGGCGUCAAGCCGAGAGCCGGAGUCUGUCGACGGCAAGCCAACGCUGCUUGGCACGAAGCGGGCUGAGGCAUACGAUGUCGUCAAUGACUCCACGGAUGAGGUUUUCCAUUUUGACCUGUAUGACUGGUAUUUGGAGCAGGGCUGGACGGACAGGCUCUUGUCGAUCGAGUCCCAGCACGUGACAACGUUCCUUCGCCGGCUGGCUGCGCAGAGCGUCGAACAUGCUGACCUUCUGUGUCGGUUCUACACCAUGAGAGGCUUGUUUUACGAGGCUGCCAAGGUCCAGUUCCAGAUUGCCAACUCCGAGUUUGAGCUGUCGAUCAAGGACCGACUCAUGCUCCUGAGCCGCGCCAAGACGAAUGCCAGCGUUAUGACCGCUGAUGUCGGCCGCCAAGAGCAACAAUAUCUGAACCACCAAGUCAGCGAGCUUCUCGAGGUCGCGCAUAUUCAAGACGAUCUACUCGAAAGGCUGCGCAUUGACCCCCGACUGACGGAACGGCGCAAUGACAUCGUGGCAGAACUGAACGGCCCUAUUCGGGAUCUGUCUUCGUUGUACAAUGACUAUGCCGACCAGGCGUCCUACUAUGACCUCUGUCUGAUCAUAUUCCAUGCCGCCGACUUCCGGAACGCCGCCACGAUCGCGCAGACAUGGACUGCUCUCAUAGCCAACACGCAUGAGGAGGUGCAAGAACAGUGGGCCGAGUACGAAGCGAGACGACCAGGCCACCAGGGUUCUGGGGACGAUGCGCCUCCUCAGCCAUACGAGGCGCUGGUCAACAAGAUCCAGGAUGUCUGCCAUCGUUCCAGCAACGAUUCUUUCAUCUUCCCGGUGCCCACCCUUCUGCCCGAGGUCUGCGCAUAUGCCUACGAGGGCGGCCAGGACCAGCGCAUUGGUGCUGACGUCAACUGGCCGAUUGUGCUCUUCCUUAACCUGGGUGUGAGCUACGAUCUGGUUGUACGGGUGCUGGAGCAGAUGUUUGAGGCUCAGGAGGUUCCCUUCCGGGGCGCUGCGCGGAGCCGACUCAUUGAAUGGAUCUGCUUCGCGAUUGGACGGUGGAUGAACGAGCUGAGCCGGGCGGGCCGUGCUGAUGCCAGGCUUGAUCCCUGGGUUGGUGAGCUCGUUGGGGAGUGUGAGCAGUGGAUGGCGACGGCACAAGGCAACAACGAGGGCGGCAUGAACAUCCGUGAUUUGCAGAUGCAGGUCCGUCAGACAAAGAGGGCGUUGCAGGGCUUCAUUGAGGGCCUCAGCCUUGGUGGCAUGCGCCAAAGCAGAGGCUUCUACUGAGAUGCCUUGCAUGAAGAGCGCCGUGUCGGCGAAUUUUCCUCACUACGCCUGCGGCGGAUCAGUCGAUACCAAGAGAUCUCUCCGCGAGAUGUGGAGGGCGUUGGGCAAGAGGGCAGAAUUAAUCAGUGUUCUGCGUGUGGGAUUAUACUAGAGCUGGCGUAUUUGGAGGCCGGGGUCAGUGUACAAAGACUUGUGAUACAUUUGAUGAAGUUGUUGAUAGUCAUGAUGGGACAAUGAAAUGCCUUGUCCGAUGGGUUGGAUUAAUUAUCAAUCUUGUUACGAUG